AUGUCUCCACGUCGAGGAUCCGGGUCUAGUAGCUAUGGCUACUACUAUGGCUACGACAAUCCUUGGGCCGAAGAGAUUCAGUUCUCGAUGGAUUCGCUGCUGUCAAAAUCGCUUUUUAUCGCUGGGUUUGCCUUUGACGUGUUAACGGUGCUGGCUUUGAUCUGCUUCCUUGUCUGGGCAUGCAUUGUUCGUAAUCAUCGAGGACAGAUGAGGGGUGUGGUAAUCACGAUCAUCACCUGGCUACUGGCGGUUAUUUGCGCUGUCAUCUACGAGAUCUUUUACCUUGCAGAAGCCACUAUCACUCAGUACUACGUGAUAGAUUUGAUGCUCAAUGAGUUCUUCUUCCUUCUUGGCAGCUGUUUGCUCUUCUUCGUUUACUACCACCUCAUCAAUGGCAUGCUGGACCGCCUUACCGACUCUGGCAAGCCUUAUGCGGCGGUGGCUGUAAUUCAUUGGGUGGUUAUAGGCCUUGUGUCCUUGAUCUCGCUUGCAACUUGGGCCAUGUACGUUGCAUAUCAGGUACAGUAUGUCAACAAUGGCUACACCGGAGCCCUGCGACAAUCCUACCCGAAGCUAGAGAGUGCCCGUGCCAUCAUUUACUGGCUCCUAUCCUUGGAAAUCCUGGCCUGGGUCAUCUUCGUAACUGUGAAGGCAGGCUCCCACCGGUUUACUUCAAGACUACCCGUCAUCGCCCUCACCGUCAGCAGUCUCUUCUGGAUGGCACUGAACAUGAUGUAUGCAAUUGUGUUCAUUCGCUACACGCUGGAGGAUACCGUCAGGACCACACCAAAAUAUCUCAGCACCGUCGAGUCCGUCUGUCAAUUUUUCUUCAUCGUGGCCAUUUUCACUGGCAUUCUUUUCUGUUGCAUGAACUGGCGUAAGGUCGAUGAUCGCCAGGACAAGCCUUCACUCCCGGCGCAACACCCGUACCAGACCUACCAGACAUACCAGCAGCAGUACCCGGCCCAGCCACAACAGCCUCUUUACCAACACCCCUAUCAACAACCCUAUCAACCACCCUAUCAACAACCCUAUCAACAACAGCACAUAUAUCCGCAUCCCCAGCAACAACCUCAGGCGAAGGCUUAG